GCGAUUGGAGGGAAGCGGGCGGACACGUGGAGGAGGCCGGUUCACGUGACGGGGCGCUCUCACGUGACGGGCCGCCCUGGCUCCGCGCCGAUUGCAAGCUUUGGGAGGAAAGGAGGAUGGAGGGAGAAGGAGAACAGGAAGAAGAGGGAGAGGAGGAGUGGCUGCUGGAGUCCUUGAGACUGUGAGUCAGCGGGGGGGGGAGGGGGGAGAGAAAGGGGAGGGGAGGGGAGAUCGGGGAGGAGAUGGGGGAGAAAAAGAGGGGAGGGGAGAGAGGCAGGGGAAAGAGAGGAGAGGGAGGGGAGGGGGGAAGAUGAGGGAGAAGGAAAGAGAAAGGGAGGGGAGGGAGGAGGGGAGGGGGGAGAAGAAGAGGGGAGAGGGAGGGGGAAGAGGGGAGAGGGAGGGGAGAUUGGGAGGGGAGAAGAGGUGGGUCUUGCUUUGGGCUCCCACUUUGCCUCCGUGGCCACUGGGGAGCAAGGGCUGCUCUGCCCCUUUGAGCCAUCCCAGUGGUUCAGUGUCCAUCCGUCUGUCCAUCCAUCCAUCCAUUCAUUGCAUUUCUCUCCCACUUCUUUUUUCCCGUGUUUCCAGGUACAACGAUCUCCACCUGUUUGAGCUUCACGAUCCCACCAGAGUCAUUGAGUGGACGGGAGAAAAAAGUGAGGUUUUGUUUUCUUUCUCUUUGGCAUUUUUUUGCUUCCACUUUUUGUUUUGUUUUCUACGAAUUCAGAUUCCUAGUAAUUUGAUCAGUUACCAGCUUCAGGGGUCCUUUACCUUUAGCUUUUACCAGCUGACAGUUCAGCACGAUGCCCCAUAUUUUUCUUGAUGCCCCAUAUUUUUUAAAAAAAACUUAAUGUUUUUAAAAGGAACAAUGUUGGUCUGAUUUCUUUAGGUAUUUGUGUGGCGGGGUAUGAAAAUGGAAGAAGGAAUGAAAUCCUUCAGCUUCUCCUGCCUCAGAGGCUGUACGCAAAGGAGAACCAGGUAAUGUUAAUGAUCAUAGAAUCAUAGAAUCAUAGAGUUGGAAGAGACCACAAGGGCCAUCGAGUCCAACCCCCUGCCAAGCAGGAAACACCAUCAGAGCACUCCUGACAUAUGGUUGUCAAGCCUCUGCUUAAAGACCUCCAAAGAAGGAGACUCCUCCACACUCCUUGGCAGCAAAUUCCACUGUCAAACAGCUCUUACUGUCAGGAAGUUCUUCCUAAUGUUUAGGUGGAAUCUUCUUUCUUGUAGUUUGGAUCCAUUGCUCCGUGUCCGCUUCUCUGGAGCAGCAGAAAACAACCUUUCUCCCUCCUCUAUGUGACAUCCUUUUAUAUAUUUGAACAUGGCUAUCAUAUCACCCCUUAACCUCCUCUUCUCCAGGCUAAACAUGCCCAGCUCCCUUAGCCGUUCCUCAUAAGGCAUCGUUUCCAGGCCUUUGACCAUUUUGGUUGCCCUCCUCUGGACACGUUCCAGUUUGUCAGUGUCCUUCUUGAACUGUGGUGCCCAGAACUGGACACAGUACUCCAGGUGAGGUCUGACCAGAGCAGAAUACAGUGGCACUAUUACUUCCCUUGAUCUAGAUGCUAUACUCCUAUACUCCUAUGAUAAUACUUUGGAGAUUCCCCUCCCCAUUUGGGCCCACACCCCAACUUCAGAAGAGAUAGAUGUUUGUGCAAAUGUUCUCCUGGGUCUCUUUUCUGCUGAGGCCCAGGCAUGGAUCCUGAGCUGCAGGAUGGUUUUCGGGUGGAACCCUUAAUUUAUUUAUUUUUAAACAGGGCUUAUGUCCAGAAAGAGAUUUCAAGGUUGAACAUGGUGGAUUUUCCGAUCACCCGGUGUACAUGCUGAAGCAUGUGCCAAAGACCAGGUCAGUGGUGCUAAAAGGACUUGGCCUCUCGGUUGCUGGUUAAUAUAUAAAUUUUAUUAAGGUUUAUAGAGAAAAAUACAGAACUUAAUAUCCUUUCCUUUUCUUAAAGGAAUAUUAUCUAGAUACAAUAAAAACACAAAAUGCCAGGGGGUGGGGUUAGAAAUAAAGAGAACAAAAAUAGGUUAAAAGAGAAAGAAAAAUAAGAUUAAGAAAAUCCUUAUUUUCUGAUUGCUGGUUAUCUAGAUGUGCAAAGCCUGCCUAGAGCAUUCGGUACAGAAGUGGUACCUAAAUUACUGUAUUUUUCCGUGUAUAACACGCCCCCAUGUAUAAGACUCAAAAUAGAGAAAAUGCGGGGGAGGGGAGAGAUUGCACAGAGUUGUUGAGCUUUCUGUGGGAGAGAUUGCUAGAGUUGUUGACCUUUUUUUUUGGGGGGGGGAGUUGCCAAAAAUCCCUCUCCCGCAGGACCGCAACAGCCAAUCACACACACAUCAGCAAAGCCACCAAUCAUCUGCACGCUCGCAAAACGUAAUCGCCAAUCACCCACCCAAUUGCCACAGUAGCCAAUAACCAGCGGACCUAUUUUGCCCCUACCUCCUACCCCAGGAAGUUCCCAAAGCUGAGCUAAUUGUUGGCCAAGGAAAGCCUAAUCCCAUCACCAGACCUGCCAAGGGGUCCAGACAUGCAAAGGAAGUUCUAUUGUGCUUUGGGUGGUGGGAUGUCAGAGGUGUUUGCCUAUGCUCAUCUUAUACCUGAGUCUUGCCCUGCCAUGUCUGCUUAUGCUAAUCUUGUACCAAGGACUUGUCUGGACAUCUUUGCCAAGGUUAAACUAGUGUAACCCCUGUCUACCCCUCCCCUUUGGUGACAUGUCAGUGAUGUAUCCAUGAUGCUGUACGAACCGUAUUCUGGGAUAUGGUGGGAAAGUUUUAAAAGUCCUUGUCACCCCAUCCUCGGGUUUCAAAAUUCCUCUUUGAAUCUGUUGCGCAAUAAACUUUGGUCUACAGCUAUUUGCUCCGGUUGGUGGCUGGAUUCCUUCUUUUAUUCCGCAGGGACCCGUGGGCUCUGCCCAACGAGCUGGGGGACUGAGCAGCCUCGCACCUAGAUUUUUCCGUAACAUGUAUUAAAUACUUGUCUUAUACACGGAAACAUACGGUAGUUCUAGGGUCCUUGCAGUGCAGAGCGGACUGAGCUGACAGCCUUGGGAGCCGGGAGCCUUGAUCAUCCUGAACUGGAGUUCUCUGUUGACAAUAUGUCAAAGAUGCCUCUUUCUAGGGUUUGUGUGUGAGUGGAAGGCCACCUAUGUCCUGCCCCUUUCCCAAGCAUUCCUAACUCUUUUUUGCUUGUGGCUGUAGAUUGCUGGUGACAAGUGGCCCAUCAGACGGCUCCCUGCAGGUGUGGCACGUGGGGCAGGAUGAAACAGGUGCGUCAAUCAGCAAGUCACUGCUUGAUGUAUUAUUAUUUUUAUUAUUAUUUAUUACUUAAAUUCACCUGUAUAGUGCCUUGCAUCUGAAGAUUGCAGGGCAGUUUCCAGUGCAAAAACCCCUAAUUCAAAAGAAAACCUACAUAGUUUAUUUUCCUUUCACUGCACCGUGAGGCUUGCCACGUGCCCGAAAGGCUGAAACUAAUAUUUUCUGCUUUAUAAUUAACAUAAGGGGUCUCUGCUGCAUGAUAAUGUCACAAAAGCCAGGCUGCUGGAUGAGGCCAAAGGACCAUCUAGUCCAGGCCUCCAGCUCUCACAGGGGCCAACCAGAUGCCUCUUCUGGGAAACCCACAAGUGGGAUCUGAGCACAAGAACAACUCUCCCCUCCUGUGGCUUCGACCAACUCGGAUUCAGCAACAUUGCUGCCUCUGACUCUGGAGACGGAGCAGAGCCAUCCUGACUAGUAGCCUUCAAUUGCCCUCUCCUCCAUGAAUUUGCCUAAUCCUCUUUUAAACCCACCCAAGCAGGUGGCCAUGACUGCCUCCUGUGGCAGGGAGUUCCACAGUUUAACUCUUGAAUAAUGGCUUUCUGCUACGCAUCCUGAGUUCUCCGACAUUCACCGAAUGUCCGCGAGGUCGUGUGUUAUAAGAGGAGGGAGGCGAGUGUGGCAUUCCCAAAGCAAGGAAGGAUUGGACUCUGAUUAAUAAAAUACACACGAGGCUUGACCAGCAAGACUCUGGGAGGAGUGCGCAUAAUAAUUCUCUCUCCACCCCUUUUUAUUCACAAAAGAACUUUUUACACAGUGUUCGUAAGAACCAGUCAGAUUUCCUCUGAGCAUUUCAAAAAACCCCACGUGGGACAAAGUCAGAUCAGAAGAAAUUCUUUUAACUACAAAGAAACUAUUUCCUACUUGAGCAUGCAUCUGUAGUUCAGAGUACAGUGGUACCUCGCAAGACGAAUGCCUCGCAAGACGGAAAACUCGCAAAACGAAAGGGUUUUUGGUUUUUUGAGUUGCUUCGCAAGACGAUUUUCCCUAUGGGCUUGCUUCGCAAGACGGAAACGUCUUGCAAGUUUGUUUCCUUUUUCUUAAAACCGUUAAUACAGUUGCGACUUGACUUCGAGGAGCAACUCAUAGCACGCGGUGUGGUAGCCUUUGUUGAGGUUUUUGAAGACUUUGGUGAUUUUUGAAGCUUUUCCAAAACUUUUCCAACACCGUGCUUCGCAAGACGAAAAAAACCGCAAGACGAAAAAACUCGCGGAACGAAUUAAUUUCGUCUUGCGAGGCACCACUGUAAAUAAAAUAGGAAGCAAGGAGGAAUGCUUUUAGCAAACUCCAGAGGUCAUAAACAGCAGGAAACAGGAGAGGAAGGAUGGGUAGUAUUUAACUUCUCUUUGUGAACUCUCUUCCUGGCCCUAAGGUUAACAAAACUAACAAUAGCUACGUCAAGGAAGCUACCUUCUAUCUUUAUGACCCAGGAUGCCUGAUGAAGCAACCGGCAACUGGUCUGUGUAUUUAGAAUGCUUAUACGUGCCUGUCAGGCGUAGAGGAAGCAAAUGGCAGAGGUGCGGAGGCUUGUGGGAUUCGAUCAGAAACUAUUGUCAAUGAAUCAAACCCAGUCAUUGCAGACACAAUGGCUUGCUCCAUAUUUCACAAUCCCUCAUAGUAAUCCCACCUGACCCCCACACUCUGGAUAUUUGCACUCCUACAGGAGAACUUUCCUCCAUCCAAUUCCUCCAGGUCAUAAGAUUCUCCAAUCCACAAUUACAUCUCCCUUUCUGCAGCCGUUAAAUCGGGAUUCCUUAAACGCGCACCGCAAGAGCGGUGAGUUUCCAGUUCGAACCCGACCGUCUUCACUCGGCCUUAACUGGCACUUCUGGGUUCCAGAUUCCAGUUUGCUGGUGCUUGUAUAGAGACCCCGCCCCAGUAUUGAUGGACUUCAAUUCCCACCUGCCCCAGCCAGCACAGGCAGUGCUCAGGGAUUGUGGGGUUGUAGAGAGCGUAGAGACACACACAGCCAUAUCUUGGGGAUAACUGUCUUUUCCCUUCCUCCCCCAGAUGUUAUUAAGCCCCUCUACACUGUCAAUACCACGCAAGGAGAGGAGCACUGCUGGGCAAAGAUUGCAACUGCUUUCUCCAAAUCGGCGUGGGUCCUUCAUGGCCUGCGGGUCAGCGAUGUUCAGGUGACCGAGAUGGAAUCCAGGAGAACCAUCUUCGUGGCAGGUAGCCUUCGGUCUUGCGGGAUAAAACCCUCAAUAAUAAUAAUAAUAAUAAUAAUAAUAUUUUAUUAUUUAUACUCCGCCCAUCUGGCUGAGUUUCCCCAGCCACUCUGGGCGGCUCCCAAUCGAGUGUUAAAAACAAUACAGCAUUAAAUAUUAAGAACUUCCCUAAACAGGGCUGCCUUCAGAUGUCUUUUAAAAAUAAGAUAGCUGCUUAUUUCCUUCACAUCUGAAGGGAGGGCGUUCCACAGGGCGGGCGCCACUACCGAGAAGGCCCUCUGCCUGGUUCCCUGUAACCUCACUUCUUGCAAUGAGGGAACCGCCAGAAGGCCCUCGGAGCUGGACCUCAGUGUCUGGGCUGAACGAUGCGGGUGGAGACGCAAUAAAAACAAAAAACAAAAAUAAAAAGUCCAGUUGUCUUCCAAAUUGUAAUCUCAAUAUUUUUGACUUCCCAUGGUCUGAAUGUUAGGCAAAGCUGUUUGCAAUAUAGAUAAAUCGAAUUCCACAAAUAUCAGUCAUUUGGAGAUCGAUCAGCUUUUGGAGAUUGCACUCUCCCCUCUCCAGAUGACGUUUGACGUGAUCGAGAAUCCUGGACUCAGGGACAGAGAAUCACAAAGCAUUAAAACUGAGAUGUGGAAAAUAUGGAAACAGUGAGGAGAGGCAGGGCUGAGAUGUGGAGAUACGCUUCGGAGAUCCAGACCGUGGGGAGCUCCGGAAAAUUAAUAAUUAUAAUCUGGACUAUAAUUUGGUCUUUUUUAUUUUAGUUUUUUAUUUUAAUUGGAGUAUUAUGAUUGGAUAUAUUAAUUGGAUUUUUUUUAUUGGAAAAUCAAUAAAAAAGAUUUUUAUUUUUUUUAAAAAGAGUCUCCUUAAGAUUAAGAGUCCCAUGCCCCAGCUACUGAUCCAACCCUCAAAAGUUGGCUUCAGGUUACAAGAGAUUUCGAAUCAACAUCAGGAAGAACUUUCUGACGGGAAGAGCCAUUCGAGGUGGUGCUCUGUCCUUCUUUGGAGGUUUUAAGCAGAGUUUGGACGACCAUCUGUCCUGGGUGCUUUAGCUGAGAUUCCUGCAUUGUAGGGGGUUGGACUGGAUGACCUUUGGGGGUCCCUUCCAAGCCUACAAUUCCACAAUCCCCUUGUGCUCUUGUUUCCUUCUGUAGGCUCCACAAACACCGAUGAGGUUGCCACCCUGGAGUUCCUGGAAGAAGCCGCCGUCCUGGCCUGCGGCAUGAAGGGGCAGCUGUUCCUGGCUGACACCAGGCAGCCGCAGGGUCUCCUGCGGGUCGCUGAGGAUGCCCACGUCUCUGAGGCGCUGCCUGGGCAGAGCUGGUGUGCUGGAGUUUGCUGCGGCCCCCUGCCAUCCUCUGGGGACAGGCGGCUGGUGGCCCGCCUCUCCUCUGCCGGCCGUGUCAUGCUGACCGACCUCAGAAACCCCGCGAGACCUGUGAAGAUGGCUCAAUGCUGUGUGCCCACGGGUGGCCUCUGUGGGGCAGGGUUCCUCUCGGUCUCCUUUGCCCCUCUGCUUGGAGGACACCUGGCCGUCUCAGGUAAGCCUGUGGGGCAGAGAUCUCGGUAAUUCUUUGGUCCUGUUUGUGCCAGAAUUUGGAGGGUGGGGAGAAAUUUAGCUGCUAGUGUCAUGCUGCCUAGGCUUUAAAAGUAAAGGACUCUUGGACGGUUAAGUCCAGUCAAAGGCAACUCUGGGGUUGUGCUCAUCUCGCUUUCAGGCCGAGAGAGCCAGCGUUUGUCCACAGACAGUUUUCUGGGUCAUGUGGCCAGCAGGACUACACUGCUACUGCCGCACAGAGGACCAUGGCGAGUGCCAGAGCGCACGGAAACACCGUUUACCUUCCCACUGCAGUGGUACCUAUUUAUCUACUCGCACUGGUGUGCUUUCGAACUGCAAGGUUGGCAGGAGCUGGGACAGAGCAACGGGAGCUCACCCCAUCGCAGGGAUUUGAACCGCCGACCUUCCAAUCGGCAAGCCCAAGAGGCUCAGUGGUUUAGACCACAGUGCCACCGGUGUCCUAGUCUUGGCUCAAGGGCUACAGAAAACCCGAGGGAAUGGGGGGGGGGCAAGUCAACCACCUCAGGGGCCCUAUCUGGUUGGAGACACAACUUUUGACUUGACAGGGGAGCUUUUGGCAAAACAGCCACCGUUCUCCACUUCUGUAAAAUGGGAAUCCUAUCCAGUGGAGAGGUGCCCUUUGGGCUAGGUUACAGCAGCCUCUUGCCCAGCUGUCAGGCUCUGCAGCAAAACCUCACCUCAUUCUCCAGAGCAGCUGCUUCCAAGCUGAGAAACAUUUUAAAUGUUGUGAGGAUCCUAUGCCCUUUUAAAAUGUGUAGGGAGGGUGGAAUUUGGACAACCCUCAGGGUCCUUUCCAAUUCUGCAGGUCCACGAUCUCUGAGCAUGGCUGGAGCAACAUUUCUCCCAUUGUCGCAUGCUCAGGUGAAGCCAGAGGGGCCUGCCCCCCUUCUCCUGUUCAGCCUCCGCAUUUGGGGUGCAGUCUCACCUCCAAAUACCAGCUGGUAGGUUGUGGUCUGAACCCGAGCCUCUGGGGCUUGCCGAUCACAAGGUCGGUGGUUCGAAUCCCUGCGACGAAGUGAACUCCCACUGCUCUGUGCCAGCUCCUGCCAACCUAGCAGUUCAAAAGCACGUCAAAGUGCAAGUAGAUAAAUAGGUACCACUGCGGCGGGAAGGUAAACGGCGUUUCCUUGUGCUCUGGUUUCCAUCACGGUGUUCUGUUGCGCCAGAAGUGGUUUAGUCCUGCUGGCCACAUGACCCGGAAAGCUGUCUGGACAAACGCCAGCUCCCUCGGCCCGAAAUUGAGAUGAGUGCUGCAACCCCGUAGUUGCCUUUGACUGGACUUAACCAUCCAGGGGUACUUUACCUUUACCAGCAGGUGGGAACCGCAGGCGAUGGAGGCGCCCUGCUUGUGAGAGAGCAGGAUGCUGCCCUUGCCAGGGCCCUGAUACUGUUAGGUACCUUCCAUGCUCCUUCCCUCUUCUCCCUCCUCUGUGCUGGGAAGUGCUCACCUCUCCCCUCCCCCCCCCUUGCAGGCUUCGACGGAACUGUGCGGGUCUACGACACACACAACUGGGUCCCGUCCGUGCAGGAUGCCAAACCGGCCUUCGUCCACAAAGGGCACAUCUUCAGCGGGGCGGGCAAAGCUGGAGUCGCAGCCCCGGUCGUCACAACCCACGCCUGGCACCCCUCCAAGCCCCGGACGUUGCUGUCGGCGGCGGGCGAUGGGUCGCUGCACGUGUGGGACUGGUCUGAGCUCUGCGCGGCCAGCUAGCCGAGUUCUCUACACUGCACAUUGGAGAAAUGAAGCGGUCCAGUUGUACCCCCUGGAAGCAAUUGGAUAUCUUGCAAAGGAAGGGUUUUUUGGGGGGGUUGCAUCUUUGUGGAGCUUGCCCUGCGCGGCAGUUCUUCCUAAUGAUUUGUCUUUUGAGAGAAGGUCCAAACCCAAUACCUUCAGUACUCUGUGGCUGCAAACCUCUGCCACUUGUGUCACAUAGGAACGCAGGACAGAGUGGGCAAAAUGAAGCAAAUGAGGCUGGCUACAAAACUGGGGGUCUUUUUAUUGUUGCCCCCCAAAAAAAGAGAACCUGAUGCCCACACAAUGACCUUUUAAGGUACCAGGUUUGUCCUUCUUUUUACAGUUGUUGUACCGGUGUCGUUCUGAUUUUAUCCUGCGUUACAUUUCGGUGUCCUGUUUUAUGUUUCUGGUUUUUACUUGUGACCCGCCCGGACAGGUGUGCCAACUUGAAUAUAAUAUUGGGGAGGGCAGUAGGUAAGCCCUACUCCCCCUUAAUCGAUUGCAAUGUGUAGCAUGCAGCCGCCCCCCCAUUUGAAUGGCAAUACCCAGUAACUUUGGAAGGGCCUGGUCCCCUCAAAUAUUUUAUGGGGGUGCGAAGACCCCUCAGCCCCUAGAAGUUGGCUCCUAUGCGCCCAGAGGACGUUUUUUGUCCGGUGGUGGCUCAAUAUAGGAGUUAAAUAAAUUGGUGGUGCAGGCAUUGUGCAGGGGAGAGAAUUAGGCUCUGUAGGUCUCAGCUGCUGACAUCAGCAAAGGGGAAAAGCCGUUUGUGGGCUGCCUCCCCUUCUGCUUCUUAAGUAUUGCUGCAGUGCAUUUGCUCCCCCCCCCCUUUAAAGAGAUUGUAGGUACGGUCAAAGUUGUUCAGUAGAAGCCAUCUUUGCAUUCUGGCUUUCAGGGGUGGCUAAGAUCAACGUGAGAUUAGUGACCCUCCAGGACGCAAAUGGGCUGUUCCGUUCUUCCCCCUUAGGAGCAGAGGAAGAGGGAAAGGGGUCUCAGAGGGUCCUUGCCUGCCCUUAGGACGUCACGUUCAAACAGUUUUAUGGGCUGCGUGCAGGAUGGUUUUUAAGCUUUGCCCGUUGGGCUUCUGCAAACUACACAGAGCCCUGUAAAAUGGGGUGUAGACCCCCUUGUCACUCUUUUUUUCCGAAGACCUCCCUUAUCACUAGGUACCCAUUUUAUGGCUCUAUUUGUUCAUACAAUCCGCACACACAAUCCGAAGCAGUGAAUAAAACAAAAGACCAACUUAUCAGUGAAGCCCUGGCAGUUGGAAUGCUGUAAUUAAGUUUAACAAUAAAUGAGUUUUCCUAAGCUGGGAGGUUUUAAUUUUCUUCCUGAAGCCUUUUGAAUGUGGCACCUUCUAGGGCUACCCCCAAGUGAGUGUUCACCAUUAGCAAAACAUGCAAAAAGUGUUUUCCCCCCUGUUUUUUGUCAUUGAGCCAGGAAUAAACCACUCUCUCCGUACCGUCUUUAGAGCAGAGAAAGCUGCCAGACUCAGUGAGGAAGGAGGGUGGAAACUUGAUGUUUUUGGCACGCUGGGCAGCCAGUGUGGAGUAGUGGUUAGAGUGCUGGACAAGGACACAGGAGACAGGGGUUCAAAUCCCAACACAGCUAUUUAGUUCCCUGGGUGAAAUUGGGCCAGCCGCUGCCUCUCAGCCUAAUCCUACCUCGCAGGGUUGUUACUCUGAGGAUUAAAUGGGGAGCAGUGUGUACGCCCCCUUGAACUCCUGGGAGGAAAAGGUGGGAGGGAUAUAAAUGCAAUAAUAACAGCAACAAAUUGGACUCUGGAGGGAGGCAAUUGAUGAGGAGAUGUCGCAUCGCAACAGACACCACCAACUCAAGAUGCCACAUCAGGGAAGAAGACGUUUGCUGAGAUGGAUGUUUGAAUUUGUGGCGCUCUGCCAUGGAAGCAACGAAUAACCAUGAAGGGGGAAACAGGAGAACUCAAUGGAGGGAAUGGGGUGUGGGGCAACAACACUCUGCUCCUAUUGUUUCCUGUGAUGUGUGUGUACAUGUAACCUGCAAGAAGUUUUGUUUUUUUCC